AUGAGCUCAGAUGGAGAAAGCGAUGUGGGCUCCUCCUCAGAUGACGUUCACAGUCCAGUUCGAGUCAGGCUGAGAAAUAAGAAGAUCUCCACUGAGGACAUCAAUAAACGCUUGUCAUUACCAGCUGACAUUCGUCUUCCAGAUGACUAUCUGGAGAAGUUCAACGUCAUUGGCCCAGCUCUAUUUGAUCAGCCAAUCAGCAGGCGGCUGCGCAGGGUGUCUCUGUCAGAGAUUGGUUUUGGGAAACUGGAAACGUACAUCAAACUGGACAAACUGGGAGAGGGGACUUACGCCACCGUCUACAAAGGCCGCAGCAAGCUGACAGAAAACCUGGUGGCUCUGAAAGAAAUCCGACUGGAACAUGAAGAAGGAGCUCCGUGCACCGCGAUCCGAGAAGUGUCUCUGUUGAAGGAUUUGAAACACGCAAACAUCGUGACGCUUCAUGACAUCAUCCACACGCAGAAAUCCCUCACGCUGGUGUUCGAGUACCUGAAAUCUUCCACGGCGACGUAUCUGAUGCUAUAA